CGCGGUUGGCACUUGGUCUGCAACGAUGAGCGAUCCUGUGGGCAUUGCCGAUAUCAUGGCGGGUCGUGUCGGCGCCGUUCGCGCGGCGGCUGAAGCUCUAAUCUACGAACUGGGUACGCUGGGAACACGAACGUCGGACGAUGGCGAAGCGAACGCGACGUCGAUUGCGACGUCGCUCAAGGCAAAGGUUGACCGCGUUCAGUCGAACAUGGCGAUCCUCAAGAAGUUGAGCGCUGAAUUCGAAGACAAGACGAAAAACAUCGACAAAGUCACGCAAGCACAGCGCAAUCUCAUGUUUGAGUACUACUGGAAACUCCAGGUCCGCGAGAUGGCUGGAAAAGGAGCGAACGUGUGGCUCUCUCAAACGACAACAUGGUUUCCUCGGAUGGAAUACCUGUCGUCCCAUGCAUCUGCGUUGGCUCCUGCAGGAUUUGUGACCCACCCGGUCGAUAAAGUCAAAGCUCCGAUGAAGGUGAACGAUCGAUUGACGCCCAAGUCGUCCAAGCGCGCGCGGGCCAUGGUGUUUGACGAGCAGGGCGAUCUGCAGCCCGCCGAUCUCGGCCAAAUGAUGGAGUACAUCAUGAAGCGGAACAAAGCGAGCAAGUUCUGGAAGCAGACCGAAACGACGCGGGGCGGACGCAAAGUGAUCACUGCAAUCACGUGUCACUUGAAUAACGAGAUCGUGGUUCACAUGAGCUUCUGUCCGCACAUUCCCGAAGACGGUCCGAACGGCGACUGCGGCGUGUCGGCGAGUCCCAUGACACCGUCGACCCCCAACUCGCCUGCGUUCGGGAUGAACCGCGGGCUGCGCGCGAAGCGGCAGGCGAGUCUCAAAGCGAAGAAGGUCAUCCGCAAGUCGAAACGAGAUGAUUUGCUCGCCAAGGUCAAGAUGGCGGCCGAAGAAGCAUCCAAGAUGGAGCAAGAAGAGCUGCGGAAACUCGUCUUGGAUGCCAAAGAAAGCGGCAAGGAUCAGGAAAUGGCGCGCGCCGCAGGCACCCAAGUGACCAAAUGCAUCCAGCGCAUCAGUGUCUUUCCCCUAAACGAAUCGGCGCCGCUCGGCGCGUGGUCCGAGUCCAAGUACAAACUGUUUGAGCAAAUGACGCUCCAUGCCCGACAGGCGCUCUGCUACUUUCGUGUGCAUUACCCCGACACGUGCUUUUACCACUUCUUCGUACGGCGAUAUGAUCCGAGUCGGCAUGCUUUUGAUGUCGAUGUAGGCAUGGAUGAGCUACUACGACAAAGUGUACCAAACCCCAUGCACCGCAUGCAAGAAAAUCCUGGCCAAGGCGGCCGACGACAGCACGUACGUCCCGCCGGCGUUCCGAGAUUACUCGACGGCGCUGCCGUACCAUUCGAAUUGCAUGUAAGGGGAUGUCGCUAACUACCGACGCAAAGUCUGGUCCAAACGGAUAAAGCGCCCCACACAACACGUUCCGUUGCC